UACCUUCUGUAAAGCUUGUGGAAGAUAGACAUAUGUGCUGCAAUGGUGACAUAAAUUAUUAAACAGGACUGGAACAAGUUGUUGAAAGCUGUUUAUAAUUUUUUUAAUGCUGCUGCUGCUUGGGAACAGUCUAAGGCAAGUACACAACAUGAGUUUUAUCAUGAAACUUCACAGACAUUUUCAAAGAACAGUUAUCCUGCUUGCCACUUUUUGUAUGGUAAGCAUUGUUAUUUCUGCUUACUAUUUGUAUAAUGGCUACAAACAGGAAAAUGAACUUUCUGAGAUCUCUUCAGACAUGGAAUGUGGUGAUUUUCAGCUGUUGCCAUACAAAUUGAUGGAACUGAAGACAGUGAAGCCUGUUGAUCCCCUGAGGACUGAUCUUGUAGUGCUGGUGUUUGUGGAAAGUCAGUAUUCAACACUUGGUCAAGAUAUAAUAACCAUUCUAGAAUCCAGCAGAUUUCAAUACCACAUAGAGAUUGCUCCUGGGAAAGGUGAUCUUCCAGUGCUUAUAGAUAAAAAUAAAGGCAAAUAUGUUCUCAUCAUAUAUGAAAACAUUUUGAAGUAUGUGAAUAUGGACUCCUGGAACAGAGGCCUUCUAGAUAAAUACUGUAUAGAAUAUGGAGUGGGUGUCAUUGGAUUUUAUAAAGGCAGUGAGAACAGCUUGCAGAGCUUUCAGUUGAAGGGUUUCUCUUUUCAUGUUCACAGCAAUCUAGGUGUUAAAGACUGUUGUAUUAACCCUCAUUCCCCAUUGCUUCAUGUGACUAAAUCAUCAAAGCUUGAUAAAGGCCCCUUGCCUGGAAAUGACUGGACAGUAUUCCAAAUUAAUCACUCAGCCUAUCAGCCAGUGUUAUUCGCAAAAGUAAAGGCACCAGAAAACCUUCCACCACCCGUCGCUAAAAGUGCUCUCUAUGCCACAGUAGUUCAUGACGCAGGACUGCACGAUGGGAUUCAACGAGUCCUCUUCGGCAACAACUUAAACUUUUGGCUGCACAAGCUGAUCUUUGUAGAUGCGGUCUCUUUCCUGUCUGGGAAGAAGCUCACGUUGUCCUUGGAUAGGUACAUUCUUGUUGACAUAGAUGACAUCUUUGUUGGGAAAGAGGGAACAAGGAUGAAUGCCAAUGAUGUGCAGGCCCUUCUUGAUACUCAGAAUCUUUUGAGAUCUCAGAUUACAAAUUUUACUUUCAACCUGGGAUUUUCUGGGAAGUUUUACCACACAGGAACAGAAGAAGAGGAUGAAGGUGAUGACCUGUUGUUGGGGUCAGUGGAUGAAUUCUGGUGGUUUCCCCAUAUGUGGAGUCACAUGCAGCCUCAUCUUUUCCAUAAUGAGUCUUCACUAGUGGAGCAGAUGAUUCUCAACAAAAAAUUUGCAUUAGAGCAUGGAAUUCCAACUGAUAUGGGCUAUGCGGUGGCUCCGCACCAUUCUGGGGUCUACCCAGUACAUGUUCAGCUCUAUGAUGCCUGGAAGAAAGUCUGGAAUAUCAGAAUCACCAGCACAGAGGAAUAUCCACAUCUGAAACCUGCACGAUACAGACGGGGCUUCAUCCACAAAAAUAUCAUGGUUCUCCCCAGGCAAACUUGUGGUCUGUUCACUCACACCAUUUUCUACAAGGAGUAUCCUGGGGGUCCAAAAGAACUAGACAAGAGUAUCCAAGGUGGAGAGUUGUUCUUCACAGUUGUCCUCAAUCCAAUCAGUAUCUUCAUGACACACUUGUCCAACUACGGGAAUGACCGUUUGGGGUUGUACACCUUUGUGAAUCUGGCCAACUUUGUUCAGACCUGGACGAACCUGAAACUGCAAACUCUGCCUCCGAUUCAGCUGGCUCACAAAUACUUUGAGCUCUUCCCUGAGCAGAAGGACCCUCUCUGGCAGAAUCCCUGUGAUGACAAGCGACACAGAGAUAUCUGGUCUAAAGAAAAAACCUGUGAUCGAUUACCAAAAUUCCUAGUUAUAGGACCUCAGAAAACUGGUACCACAGCUUUGUAUUUGUUCCUGAUUAUGCAUCCUUCCAUCAUUAGUAACUCCCCCAGCCCAAAAACCUUUGAGGAGGUACAGUUCUUUAAUAGAAAUAACUACCACAGGGGGAUUGAUUGGUAUAUGGAUUUCUUUCCAGUACCAUCCAAUGUCACCACUGAUUUUCUCUUUGAGAAAAGUGCCAACUACUUUCAUUCUGAGGAAGCUCCUAGACGAGCAGCCUCCCUCAUCCCCAAAGCCAGAAUCAUCACCAUUCUCAUCGAUCCAUCAGAUCGGGCAUAUUCGUGGUAUCAGCAUCAACGGUCGCAUGAAGACCCCGCAGCUCUAAAGUUUAGCUUCUAUCAGGUGAUCACAGCUGGACCUCGAGCUCCAUCAGAGCUUAGAGUGCUACAGAAGAGAUGUCUAGUACCUGGAUGGUAUGCCACCCAUAUAGAAAGAUGGCUAACUUACUUCCCACCUUAUCAGUUGCUAAUUAUUGAUGGACAGCAGCUGAGAACUGACCCAGCUACUGUGAUGGAUGAAGUACAGAAGUUUCUGGGAGUCUCUCCUCAUUAUAAUUACUCUGAAGCUCUAACGUUUGAUUCCCAUAAAGGUUUCUGGUGUCAACUCCUGGAAGAAGGAAAAACCAAGUGUCUUGGAAAGAGCAAAGGCAGAAAAUACCCUCCUAUGGACUCUGAGUGCAGGGCUUUUCUGUCAAGCUACUACAGAGAUCACAAUGUGGAACUGUCAAAACUCCUACAUAAAUUGGGACAACCGCUACCAUCCUGGCUGAGACAGGAACUGCAGAAAGUGAGAUAGCAUUGGAAGGAAAGCUUCUUGGAAUCGCUCUU